AUGGUUCCUGAGGCUGAGGAGAAAGUUCCUGACGCUGAGGACAAGGUUCCUGACGGGGAGGACAAGGUCCCUGAAGCUGAGGACAAGGUUCCUAACGCUGAGGACAAGGUUCCUAAUGCUGAUAACAAGGUUCCUGAUGCUCAGAACAAGGUUCCUGAGGCUGAGGACAAGGUUCCUGGCGCUGAGGACAAGGUUUCUGAUGGUGAGGACAAUAUCCUGACGCCGAGGACAAGGUUCCUGAUGCUGACGACAAGGUUGCGGACGCUGAGGAGAAGGUUCCUAACGCUGAGGACAAGGUUCCUGACGCUGAGUACAAGGUUCCUGACGGUGAAGACAAGGUUCCUGAUGGUAUGAACAAGGUUCCUAACGGUGAGGACAAGCUUCCUGACGCUUAGGACAAGGUUCCUGACGCUGAGGACAAUGUUCCUGACGCUGAGGACAAGAUUCCUGAUGCUGAGGACAAGGUUCCUGACUGUGACGCCAUGGUUCCUGACGGUUAGCACAACGUUCCUGACGGUGAGGCCAAGGUUCCUGAUUGUGAGGACAAGGUUACUUACGCUGACGACAAGGUUCCUGACGCUGGGGACAAGGUUCCAGACGCUGACGACAAGGUUCCUGACAGUGAGGAAAAGGUUCCUGACGGUGAGGAGAAGGUUCCUGACGGUGAGGACAAGGUUCCUGACGGUGAGGACAAGGUUCCUGACGGUGAGGACAAGAUUCCUGAUGCUGAGGACAAGGUUCCUGACUGUGAGGACCAGAUUCCUCACGGUGAGGAGAGGUUCCUGACGGUGAGGACAAGGUUCCUGACGCUGAGGAGGUUUCUAACGCUCUGGACAAGGUUCCAGGCGCUGAGGAUAAGGCUCCUGACGGUGAGGACAAGGUUCCUGACGAUAAGAACAAGGUUCCUGACGCUGAGAACAAGGUUCCUGGCGCUGAGAACAAGGUUCCUGACUGUGAGGACAAGGUUCCUGACAGUGAGGACAAGGCUCCUGACGCUGAGGACAAGGUUCCUGACGCUCAGGACAAUGUUCCUGACGCUGAGGACAAGAUUCCUGAUGCUGAAUACAAGGUUCCUGACUGUGAGAAGAAGGUUCCUGACGGUGAGCACAACGUUCCGGCUGCUGAGGACAAGGUUCCUGACGCUGAGGACAAUGUUCCUGACGCUGAGGACAAGGUUUCUGACGCUGACGACAAGGUUCUUGACAGUGAGGACAAGGUUGCUGACUGUGAGGAGAAGGUUCCUGACGGUGAGGACAAGGUUCCUGACGGUGAAGACAAGGUUCCUGACGGUGAGGACAAGGUUACUGACGCAAAGGACAAGGUUCCUGACGCUGAGGACAAGGUCCCUGACGCUGAGGACAAGGUUCCUGACAGUGAGGAAAAGGUUGCCGACUGUGAGGACAAGGUCCUGAUUGUGAGGACAAGGUCUUGA